CAAGCGGCGCUGUGCGAAUUAAGUGCGAGGGGGCAGCAUGUAUGCCUCCCGGGGCUGCAUGUAAACAGCAUGCGAGCGCUGCUCGUCGUGAUGGCCGGUGCGGCGGCGGCGCACUGCCCACCAGUCAUUGGCACUGGGCUGCCGAAAGCGGGCACGCGGUCGCUGGCGCACUACAUGCAGCAGGCGCUCGGCUACGAGACCUAUAAAUUCGCCGGCGGCCUCGACUUUGAGCGCGACUUCAUCCCGCUCGUCGUCGAGGGACGGAGAAGCGACAGCGUCGUCCUGAAAAACAAGACAUUUUACGACGAUUAUCCGUGGUACGCCGCGCCGUGCGCGUUCGCGAAGACGACCACCGCUCGCUUCGUCGUGAUGGAGCGAAACUGCAGCGCCUGGGCGGCGUCGGCCAUCCAUCAGCUUUUUUGUCGAUGGCUUCGCGGCGGCUGCGUUUCUGGCGGGUUCAACGCGAGCACGACCAGGUUCGGGUAUCAAGUCACGUUCCAUCACUUCGAGCGGCUGGCGAGCGGCUUAAUCGACGACGCCUGCCGGUCACAGCGCGACGUGUGCGGCGGCGACACGCGGCUGGUGCCUCGAUUCGUGGCGGCGUGCGAGGCGCACUCCCGACUCGUCCGAGACUGCGUUCCUCCGUCGCGGUUAUUCGCGGCGCGACUCGACGUUUCCUUCAAUCGCACUGGGCUUGAAGGGCUGGGGCACUUUCUGGAGUGCCAAUAUAAAAAGCCUCCGGAUGAGAGUUGGGGCGUUUUUGGGCAGCGGGGCGUAACAUGA